AUGAAGGCGCGCCUGCUUACCAUAAUUGCCUUUGCAAUCCCAUGCCUUGCAUUCCCUGCGCCCUCUGGUCAUGAUUUCCUUGCCGCGGGGCCUUUCGAUAGUCGUUCGCCAUGCCCUGGCCUAAAUGCUCUGGCAAACCAUGGCUUUCUCCCGCACGACGGCAAGGACCUUGAUUACGACAUGAUCAAUCAAGCUGCACAAGACGCAUACGGCUUCGAGGAUGGCUUUUACAAGACGGCUGUCGACAUGGUGUUCGAGUUUAAUAUCUCCACUACAAGUCAACCUAGCGAGACUUUCAACCUUCUCGACCUAGCUAGGCACGACACGAUUGAAGCUGAUGGCUCAAUCACCCGCAACGAUAUCUACUUCGGGGAUGAUGUUCACUUUGAUGCUACCGUUUUCGCCCCUGUCGCCAACGACCUUGGGUUGAGUGAUUACAGCUCUUCUGACCAAUUCGUCACGAUAGAGACAGCAGCCAAGGCCACGGAGAAUCGCUAUAACCUUGCAAUGACAGUCAACCCAGAAUUCAACGCUUCUACGCACCAGCAUGAGACUGAAUACGGGACUACAGCGCUCUAUCUUCUGACCGUAUGGGACGCUGAUCAGAACGCUGCACCCAAGCCAUGGGUCAAAGCACUGCUAGGUAACUUGGCCUCUUUUGAACCCAAGAGAUCUCACAGAGGAUUAGAUACUAACAUAUGGCAGGGGAGGAUCGAAUUGCAUAUACAGAGGGAUAUACGAAAGGGCAAAUGGUCAAGACUGGCGUCCAGCUUCAAAAUCUUACUACAGCUGUACGAGCAGUAG